AUGUAACAUGUUUAUGAAUGGAUGAAGAAAACUUAAUUGUUGAAUAAAGAUGAAAAGAAAGGUAAAUAAAGUAUUGAUCUAUUAAUAAAAGCAAAUCUAAAAAUUUAAACUGAUGGAUAUCCAUUGGUAGAAUUUCUAUUUAAGCAUUAUUGUAUUUACAAUCAAAACUAAAUAAAUUGUUAUAUUAUAUAAAGGGUACCAACAAAUGUACAUAAUGCUUCAACAGAUUUACUUUUCAAUAAUUCAUCAUUACUUAUAUAUUCAAAAGUACCUUAGAGAGAGUAAAUAAACUAUUUUAAUUCAUAAAUUGUAUGGCCUGUAUUAAUAUAAAAUUUUGUAUUACUUUCUUGUUCAGUUUUGCUAGAUUUUAUGAAUUUCAUCCAUUUUUGCAAGCCUCAAGCUAUGAUUACUCUUCAGGAACUGUAUUCCUUUAAGGCUUUUAGAAAUUUUAAGUUAGUAUUUCAAUAUGCACUUCUAAUGAUGACGAUUAUUUUCAGAGUAAUCAAAGAUUAGUGCAAUAAAUCUAAAAGUAAAUAAAAUAAUUAUUCUAAAAUAGUUUUGGUUUGCUAUGAAUAAUCGUACAAGUAUAAAUAGAUGAACAUAAAUAUAUAUCAGAUUCUAGUUGCUUUUUAAUUAUACACUAUAGUGAAGUAUGAUUCGAAUGCAAUUCUAAUAUAUUUAUGGUAAUUCUUUAGGUUUGAGUGA